AGGAUUUUCAUUUCUAAAGAUUUGAAAGGCUAGUUAUAUAUUAUUACGUUCAGAUUUGAAAUAAAUAAUAUUGAUCAGAUAUCGAUCGGAGGAGCGUUUUCUCUACUUGUCACAAAAAUCUCUCUCUGCUUAUUCAAAUCUUACCCAUUUGAUCCAUUUUAUCAACACUAAAAUAUGCCUAUUGUUGUUGUUACUGAUGAUGAUCAAAGAAAUAUUAUCAACAACAAUGUUCUCAAGAAUAGUAACCAUCAUGACUCCAUUCCCUUCCCUCUUUGCCGUAAUAGAAGUAAAAAAAGUGAUGAAAAAGUGACAAAAGAAGUGAUUAUUAGUAAAGAAAAUUACAAAGCAUCAUCAUCAUCAUCAUCAUCAUUAGAGAAGAAGAAGAAGAUUAUUUUUAUGAAUAUGGAAGAGGAGAAAGUAAGUGGUUCAUCAUCAUCUAUUGGGAUUAUUAAUAAUAGUAAUUCAAAAUCUUGUAUAUGCUCUCCAACAAGCCAUGCUGGCUCAUUCAGAUGUCAUCUUCACCGAGCUAAUGUGUCUAAUUCAUGCAAUAUAAACAUUAUUAGUACUCUUAAUAAUGAUAAUAAUAGUAAGAGUUUUGAGUCCAAGAAUUAUGUCCGUACCAAUGGUGAUGGACAGGGUAGGUUAUCAAGGUUCGGCAGGGCUGCCUGUGAUCCUGGAAAGUGAAAAUUGCCCAUCAUUAGUAUUGGCCUUCUCAAACACUGACAAACUCAAGUAGUCAUCUUUUCUUGUAAAUACAAAUAAAUUCUUUUUUGUUUUUAUUUUAGCAGUAAUAGUAUUGUGUGUUUCUUUUAUUUGGAUUAAUGGACUUUCAGAGCGUGAACAGUUUAUUUAUUUA